UGUGUAAGUAUAUCGGCAUCUUCAAUUAUUAACAUGGUUUUCUUAUGCUUAUUUUUCACAGAGCAAAUUAUUUAGAGAGGGCAGCUACAGUUUUGACCAACGAGCGGCUGUCGUCAGCAAACACAAUAUGAAUCCAGCUGAAUGGUGGGUGCAUUUUGGCGGGUCCGCGAGAAAUCUAAAGCGAAUAGCUAUCCGGAUCCUCUUCCAAACAGUCUCCUCUAGUAGCUGUGAGCGCAAUUGGUCCACCUUCGCCCUUAUCCACAGCAAACAAAGAAACCGUUUGACGCAAAAACGCCUCAACGACCUUGUUUAUAUGCAUUACAAUUUGCGGUUGAGGCUAAAGUGCAUCCAGGAGGAAGCGGAGCUCAAGUAUACAGAUCCGAUUUACGAGACCUUCACUGCUGAUGACGAUGAUCCACUACUCGGCUGGCUUGUAGGCCAGCAGCAGGAUCCCGAGCUUGACGAGCCAGGAUCGCCUCCACGACCAGCUAGCUUCAUAGCCACCGAAGCUAAGGUCGAUCCAGAGCAAUGGGCUGAGUGCAAUAUUCCACGCACUCCCAGAGCUGAUCAGUCGCAGGCACAGGAGAGCCAAUCACCACAUGAUUGGUAUGAGACACCCUCCGAGAGAGCUGAUCGAGAGAUGCUCGGCAGAUAAGGAAGACAUAGCCAGACAGAGAGGGCCAGGAAAGGAAAACAAAGGGUCCCAAUAGAGAGUGUCGAGAAAGAGACUUGGACUAGCAGCGAUGAAGAUUCGGUGGUGAUGGAUCUUCUAGCCAUGGAGGGAGCGGAGGACAGUAUGGUACUCAUUAGACACAGCCGGAGGGUGGUCUUUAUUUCACCGGUGAGUCCCAAUUUACGGAUGCUACACAGGAUACGGACCACGGUCGAUCACCUGAUAGAUUUCGUGAGGAUAUCAUUGGAUAUAGAAGACGGGCUCCUCAAGGUCGUUCAGGAAGACAGGAUACGACUACAGAUCCGACAGCAUACGGAUACGGAUUCUAUUAUCCACAGCCUCAGCCUGACGAAUAUGGAUAUGGUGCAUUGGAUUUUACUUCCGCUAUAUUUGGAUGGGCCCCUACACAAUCAGAGGACACCUCUCAGAGCCAGAGCGUGAGCGAGAGAUCCGACAGUUCUUAUAACCUGGCGCGCGUUCCUUCUGAUUGGGUUGAUUUGCCUCCUGAUUAUACUUAUGAUCCGGAUAUCUACGAGAGCCAUCGGCACUCGUCCCGAUUUUAGAUAUCCAAGAGUGCUUUAUGCUUAUGUAAAUGAUUGUAUCUUAAUUUGAAGAUAUUUUAUGUGUAUCAUUUUAUCAUUUGGAACGGGAGGAAAACAUAACAUGCAUCAUCUAUGUUUCAAAUUUCAACCCUAAAUUUAAACAUAAAAACAUCAAAAAUCAUGAAAAAAGCAAUAAAAAAACAUCAAUCUUCACUUAAUUUAAGAUCCAACAGAGACAACAUUUAAAAAAAAAUAUUCCAAAUUUCUGGCUCGCUGUACCGGCCAGCCACCGGUACGCCGACCGGUACCGGUACGGCGGACCUUGGUUUGUUGUGUAACCACAAGGUUUUUAUGAAGAAUUAGGAUCUCAACCCUACUAAGAAAAAUUAGGUUUUCUCGUUUAUCAUAGGAGAGGGCUAUGAUAUUCGAUAAAAUAGUGGGAGUAAUAAUUAGAUAAAGUCCUAGUCUAAUUGUAUAUAUCUCAUCAUGAUUGGUCUGUUUAUAUUAGUUUUGUUCUUUAUAUAUGUAGAAUAAAAUUCUGCAUAAAUGGCUUCUUCACUUUCACUAAGAGGCAUCUUAGAUGCCAACAAGUUGACCGGUCCGAGCUAUGUGAACUGGUUGAGAAAUCUUAAAAUUGUUCUCACUCAGGAGAAACUUUCUUACAUCCUUAAAACCCCUGAUCUUGGAUCAAUAGGGGAUGAUGCUACUAAAAGUAGUAAAAUAAAGACGAAGAAAGGAAAGAAAAUCUCCAUAUCAAGUGCAUGUUUCCAUUGCGGCAAGAAAGGCCACUGGAAAAGGAAUUGCAAGAGUUUUCUUGCAACUGCAAAGCCUGAUGCAAGAGUUGCAUAAGAAGGUAUGUUUAUGUUACGUGCCAGUUUGUCAUUAAGUUCUUCAAAUACAAAUAUAUGGGUAUUGAAUACCGGCUGUGGUUUUCAUAUAUGCAAGACAUUGCAUGGACUACAGAAAAUUAGAAUUUUGAAGAAAGGUGACUUCGAGCUUUAUGGCGCUGGAGGAGAGUCCAUCCAGGCUGAAGCUGUUGGAACCUACUUAUUGGAGUUGCCGUCGGCAAGCUCCUGGAGUUAGAAGAUUGUUAUUACAUGCCCAAGAUUAUUAGAAAUGUAAUUUCCAUUCCUUUGUUGUUAAAGAAAAGAUUUGAGAUUAAUGGAAAGGACAAUGGUUGUUCUAUUU